AUGGCAUUAGGACAAGGAGGAAUUAAAGCCAAUGUAUCAGGAUUUGGAACUGAUCAAUUCGACGAGAAUGAUAAGAAAGAAAAAUCCAAGAUGGGUUACGUUUUCAGUAGAUUUUAUUUCUUCAUCAGCCUUGGGUCUUUACUUAGUGUCACAGUGGAGAUCUAUGUACAAGACAAUGUCAGUCGAAGCUGGGGAUAUGGACUUUGCUGUUUUGCAUUCUUUUUUGUAACAGUUUUUUAUUUGUUGCGGACUAGAAAAUACAGGUACAAGAAAUGUGUGGGAAAUCCCAUUGUUCAAGUUCUCAAUGUUUUGGUUGCUGCUCUACGGAAGAGUAAACUCAAAUGUCCUACCAACGUUGACACCUUAUAUAAUGACUCUAUUGAUGAUAGUACUGCUCCAAGAAUCCGUCACACUGACCAACUUCGUUGGUUGGACAAGGCUGCAAUCAUAGACGAAAACAACUAUGGGACUAAUGGUUCUGUGCUCACAUUCUCAGUAGAGCAAGCUAAUACAUUAGAGAGAUCAAUUGGGAACUUUCUAAUCCCAGCAGGCUCUUUCAAUGUCUUAUAUAUUGCCGGCAUAUUGAUUGGUGCUGCUUUCUACGACCGGGUGAUCAUUCCCUUGAUGAAGACAUGGAAAGGGAAACAUGGUUUCACCUACCUGCAAAGAAUAGCUAUUGGCAUGGUGUUUUCAAUUUUGGCGAUGGCAGUUGCUUCCAUCGUGGAGACAAGACGGUUGGCGGCGCGAUUAUCUUGCGCGUAUCAGAUGAGCACUGGGAUUUUCCUCUUGAUUGUUGGACUUGGGUUUUUGUUAGCACCUUCUUGGUGUCCACAGUCAACCAGCUUCACAAACUUGAUAUUCUUUAUUCUUGGUGCCAUAUGGUAUGUGAAGACAAUGAAAAAUUCUUCACAAAUAGAGAGCAUCAUUACAAGUUCUGAAGAGGAAGAGAAACAUGCUAUACAGAAGAAGGGCACCCUUACAGCUUCUCUGCAGAGGAAGAUUAUGAAUGAUAUGUAA